AUGAAGCUCGUCGCGUCCCUCCUCCUCGCCGCCGCCGCCGCGCAGCCCUCGGGCAGCGCGCGCGGGCCGCGCAAGGACCUGAACGGCACCUGGCCGCGCAAGGACCUGAACGGCACCUGGCCGCGCAAGGACUGGAACGGCACGGUCAACGCGUCCUGCUUCUCCAUCUUCGAGGAGCUCAAGGAGCGCCGCCCCGCGCCCGGCGGCCCGAAGGGCAAGCCCGAGGGCAAGCCCGACGGCAAGGCCGAGGGCAAGCCCGCGCGCGGCGACAAGCCCGAGAAGCCCGAGGGCGGCGGCAAGGGCAAGGGCAAGGCCGCGGAGCGGGACGCGCCGGCCGCCGCCCCGACCUUCGAGGCCGCCUUCCCGGCGACGAACGGCACCCUCGCGAAGGACGACGUCGAGCGGUGCUUCGCGGAGUUUGGCGAAAAGAAGCGCGAGAAGGAGGCCACGGUCCUCGGCGAGGAGAAGGCCCUCGAGUACGAGCUCUACGGCGUCGACGGCGACGCGUGCCUCGCCUACUUCGCCGAGCUCAAGGACGGCGCCGAGGCCGCGGACGGCGGCGACCCGGACCUCGCGGCCUGCUUCGAACUCUUCGACGACGCCGAGGAGGGCGGCCGGGCGGACCGCGCGCCGCCGGUGGACGAGCUCUUCGAGCCCCGCGAGGACGCGUCCGACGAGCCGGAGGAAGCCGCGGCGGCGUCCGCGGACGACGACGACGAGGAACAGGACCCGGCGAUCGUCAAGAAGGCGCACGCGCACGCCGCCAAGGUGUCGUCCGCGAAGGCCUCGGUCCUCGCCGCCGCGGCUUUGGCCGUCCUCGCCGCCGCGGCGCUGUUUCGCCGGCUCUGCUGCCGCCGCCGCCGCGGCGCCGCGCCGCGGGACUCGGACGCGACGCCGCGGGCGAAGCCGACGCUCAUCAACGUCGUCCAGGCGCAGCGCAUCUCGCCGGACUGCAAGGAGAAGCUCGCCGACGGCGGCCGCGUCUACCCGGCGGCCUGCAAGGAGAAGGAGUGCGACCUCGAGGCGCCGCCCAUCGCGACGACGAUGGGCAAGCGCCGGCGCUUCGAAUACGAGGACGACGAGGCCAAGGACGACACGCUCUGGCUCGAGAAGUCGGACAAGGAGGCGGCGCUGUUCAACCCCGUCGCCGACGCUACGAGUCCGCUGACGAAGCUCCACGACGAGAUCUUGGCCUUUUGCGCGCUCGUGGCGCCGUCGGCGGGCGAGACGCGGCGGCGCGACGCCGCCGUCGCGAACAUCGAGGCCGCCGUCGCCGGCGUCUGGCCCAAGGCGACGGUGCACGUCUUCGGGAGCUCGCUGACGGGCCUGAGUCUACCCUCUUCCGACGUCGACGUCGUCGUCUUCGGCGCGUCCGGGCCCCGGCGGCUCCGGGCGCUGGCGGCGGAGCUGACGAAGCGCGACGCGGCGACGAACAUGGAGGUCGUCGAGUCGGCGCGCAUCCCCAUCGUCAAGUACGCGGACCGGGCCACGGGCAUCCCCGUCGACGUUAGUUUCGACGUCGAGUCGGGCCUGCGCACGGGCCGGCUCGUCCGGGGCCUCAUGGACCGCAUGCCGCCCCUGCGGCCCUUAGUCAUCGUGCUCAAGUUCUUCCUCGCCCAGCGGGGCCUCAACGAGACGUUCACGGGCGGCGUGGGCUCGUUCAUGAUGCAGAUGAUGGUCGUGUCGUUCCUCCAGAUGCGGCACCGCACGGACUGCGCGACGAAUUUGGCGUCCGCGCCGAACCUCGGCGCCCUGCUCCUCGA